CAGGGUGUUCUUCUUAAAUCUUAUAUCACACCUUUUAAUACCAAAAACAAUCUUAAUCUUUAAGCUUAAAUUUGUGUGCAGAUGUUGGGCUUUCAAUAUGCAACAGACGUCUCUGUGCAUGUGCAGCGUGAAACACAAUCCUUCCUCCUGCUCACAUGUGGAGCUGCUGGCAGUUCUUCAGCUACCAGGAACAGUGUUAACAGCAAACGUCUGCCUGAAUGUGCAACAUCCAUGUUCCUCUACAUGCUGAUCUUCAUGGCGUAUCAUAGCAGCAGAUGGAUACCCAAGAAUCAGAGGUUAAAGUUUCAAAUAGUGAAUGCAGUGUUCACGGCACUUGUUCUGGUCCCUCAGUUCUACGUCAUGGGAAGGCCAAAAUCCUCAAGAUACUGCAGGCAACCUCUUCUGAACAACCUGUCGGCCUCCAUCGCCUUGUCCUUCAUAGCUUCAGGUUUUUCAGUGAUAUUCACAUUAAUAGACCCGGUUCCUCAGAGCUUGUGGGCUGCCUAUCAUGUGUUCGGGCUGCUGACUUGCGGACAAGGAUUAUGCACUGCCAUCCUGACUCUGACAGCAGCAGCAUGUGCCAAAACCACCCCUGAGCUGUACUACAUGUCCCUUAUUCUAACAGUCGCUUCUAUUUUCAGUACAGGUUUUUUCACGGUGCGAGGAGGACUCUGGUUGACUAACAGGCUGUCUGUCACAGACCCGAGCAGAAACAAUGAGCGAUAA